AAAACAUCAAAUAUAACUAAAACGAUAUCAUAGUUGGUGUUUGUAUUAUCUACUAAGCAUAUUUUUGAUAUUUAUACAUUUUUUAGAAGAAUAGUGAACAAUUAAAACAAUUUACCACUUAAUCGGUAGUUAAUUAUGACUGCUGUCACGAGAUUUAUCAGGUACGGACGGUACUAAGUACAAACAAGCAGGAAGAAAGUUCCGAGUGUUUUUCGGUUUAUCGCUUUAAUAGAAUUUUUUUUAAACAGAGUUGUGUAUUAGAGGUUUCUUAAGACAAUAAGUAUUAAAUAUAUUGGCAUUGUAGAUUAAUGAAAAUGAAGUAUUUCUUGCUAAGCGUGUUUCUAUUUACCAUUACCUUAUGUCAAUCGGAUUCUGAAGUGAAAAAAAAUUCUACUUCACUCAAUACUACUACAAUGCCGGAAAGUUCAACAUCUUCGGUAAUAACAACUUCAGUCGCUCCCGAAACAACAACAAAGAGCAUCAAGCAGAUUUGUGAUGGAAGUAAUAUUACAUGUGACGCAUGCAUAUCAAGAGGUUCGCAGUGUUACUAUUGCCGAAAAACAAAAAAGUGUAGUGUUUAUCCAUAUAAACACCUUGUUCCUAGAUACGAUGAAUGUGGCUCAAUGGGAGAUAUUGCCUGGGGAACAUGCUUGGUUAACUUUCAGACUUUGAUAAUAACAAUGAGUGUCAUUGGUGGGGUUUUAAUUAUUGGAAUUAUUGUUUGUUGUUACUGCUGUUGUCGGAAACAAGGAAGAGAUAAAUGGGCAAGAUAGCAAGCAAAAUGGGAAAAGGAACGUGAAGAACGAAAAGCUCGGGCACAAGAAAGGAAAAAAGAACGACAAACAAAAACAGAUGAAAUAAGACGUAAAUAUGGUCUAUUAUUAGAUGCAUCAGGUUUAAUUAAGGACGACAAUCCAUACCAAAGAUUUGAUACUUAAAAAGGGACCAUUUAUUAAAAUAUACAGAGCAUUUUAGGCAAAAUUCUAGACAAUCUUUCCAUAAUUAUAAUCCAUCCAUAAAAUAAAUAA